ACAAAUGAGCUGACACGUAUAAUGCAUACCCUCUCUCACCGUUUCCACACAUGCAGACGCACUCGUGCUCCUCAGACAUGCUCUCCGUCUCGCUCUCCCCGUCUACUGGACCAAACGCCGCCCGGCGGGGUUAUUUCGGCCACUUAAGUCAUUAGUCAGCUCUGUUUUUUUUUUUUCUCCCCAGAGCAAGCUUAUUUAAGAAGAUGGCGUGUGCGCGGCGUGCGCAUGUGUGUGUGUGAACGUGCCAGGGGUUUCCGGAGGCUGCCGCACGCCUCCUUCUCUUCGUCUGGCGCACAGAGAGGCCGAGGACGUGACGGGGGACUUUUGACAUCAUCGAGAGCCGAUCGGCCAUGGUCACCGCGUAGGAAUCUGGUACCUUCACGAAAAUCAGCCCGGCGACAAGGAGGCUGAGAGCUGAGCCGAAAGGGAGGUUGAAGACAAUAAACGGAGGCAUGGCAGCGGAUGAGAAGCCAGGUGUGAAGAGCAGCAGCUCCAUCGUCCCCUGUUUCCUGUUUGUGGAGCUGGUGAUCAUGGCCGGGACGGUUCUCCUGGCUUACUACUUCGAGUACACAGACACCUUCCCCGUGCACGUCCAAGGGUUCUUCUGCUACGACAAGACCUUCUCCAAGCCCUACCCAGGACCGGACAACACCAGCAAGAUCCCACCGGCGCUGAUCUUCUCGCUUGUCUCGGCCAUCCCCACUCUUACGAUUCUUGUGGGGGAAUUGUGCGCCUUCUUCACCAAGGCUGAAGGAAGCCAAGAGAAGACCAUCGUCACUGCCGACUGCUGCUACUUCAACCCCCUGCUGAGACGCAUCAUACGCUUCUUAGGUGUCUACGCCUUUGGUCUGUUUACCACGACCAUCUUCGCCAAUGCCGGCCAGGUGGUGACAGGGAACCAGACCCCUCACUUCCUCUCAGCGUGCCGACCCAACUAUACGGCACUGGGCUGCCAGUCCAACAUGCAGUACGUCACAGAACGCCGCGCCUGCACCGGCAACCCCCUCGUGGUCAUGUCUGCACGUAAAUCCUUCCCGUCCAAGGACGCGGCACUCAGCGUCUACUCAGCGGUGUACACAGUGAUGUACGUGACGCUGAUGUUCAAGACCAAGGGUACGCGUCUGACAAAGCCAACCAUCAGCUUCACCCUGCUCUGUCUGGCCAUGAUCGUAGGCGUGGUCCGGGUGGCUGAAUACCGCAACCACUGGGCCGAUGUCUUGGCCGGUUCCUUCACGGGGUGCGCUAUCGCUGUGUUCUUGGUGACAUGUGUGAUUAACAACUUCCAGCAGUCGCAGCCCAGACCUCCUGCAUCACGACCCCAGCGCCCCGAGUCCACGCUGGGCAUGCCCAUGGUGACGCUGCCCUGUGUGGAAAGUCCACUCGAAAAGUUAAGUGGUCCUCAGACCCCGCGGAGGUCUCCGUUCAGCGAGAUCACAUGACCAUCAGCCCCGUCGGUUCCCCGCCCAACUCGAUGUCCUCACACUGUCUCGCUCCAUUUCCAGCGAAGUCUAGACCGGCCCGAGCAGCACUCGCCGCACUGCGCCGCCCGCUCGGCCGGCCAGUACGCGACUCUGCACCGCUCCUACUCCACCCAGGUCUAGACCCUCUCCCCUCACCCCCUUCAACUCCCCAGGGAACCGAUAGGCGAUGACUUUUUUUCCAACUGACUUUGACUUUUUGGCGUCUUUCUACUUUUUUUAUAUGAACUCAUGAAAGCUUUGUGAAGAAAGACAAACUGCGACCACAGAGAAUGUCGCCCAUUGAAAAUGUGCGUAAAAAUUCCAUCACUACGGUCUCAAUGGCGACAUUGGACCAAAGGAACCUUUCCUUGCUCACAAUCUCAUUACUUUCAUGCAUGCUGUGCCUACACACACACACACACACACACAUUUUUGUAUUUGUAACCUUCUUGAGACCUCCAAAAAAAGCCUAGGACCACCCUUUUUAGACAUAUAAAGAUGUGUAUUUACAACAAUUUUAACAUAUACAUAUUAUGCAAAAAAAAGAUCACAAUUACCAAAGAAAAAUCGACAAAAAAUCCUGACUUUGGAGCAAUGUUCACAGACUCUGGUGUUUGGCUCUCUAUUAGAUGAAAUGGUUGUCCGUAUUGGGACCAUAAUUUUGGUCGUAACUUGUUCACAGGUCCUGAUACGGAAGGUACUUUUCCCUGUUGAUGUCUCAAGAAGGGUAGUAAUACAAGAACGCACACACACACACACACAUACACACAUUUUUGUAUUUGUAACCUUCUUGAGACCUCCAAAAAAUGCCUAGGACCACCCUUUUUAGAUAUAAAGAUGUGCAUUUACAACUAUUUUAACAUAUACAUACUAUGCAAGAAAAAGAUCACAAUUACCAAAGAAAAAUAGUCAAAAAAUCCUGACUUUGGAGCAAUGUUCACAUACUCUGGUGUUUGGCUCUCUAUUAGAUGAAAUGGUUGUCCGUAUUGGACCAAGAUUUCGGUCCUAACUUGUUCACCGGUCCUCAUAUGCUCAUAUAGAAGGUACUUUUCCUUGUUGAGGUCUCAAGAAGGGUAGAAAUAGAAGAAUACACACAGACACACACUUUCACACACACACACACACACACACACACACACACACACACACACACACACACACACACAUACACACACACAAAGAUUUUUGUAUUUGUAACCUUCUUGAGACCUCCGAAAAAUGCCAAGGACCACCCUUUCUAGAUACAUAAAGAUGUGUAUUUACAACAAUACUAACAUAUAAAUACUAUUCAAGAAAAAGAUCACAAUUUCCCAAGACAAAUCUAAAAAAAAUCCUGACUUUGGAGCAACGUUCACAGACUCUUGUGUUUGGCUCUCUUAGAUGCAAUUUUCUUCCGUUUUGGGACUAAGCUUUUGGUCCUAACUUGUUCACCGGUACUCAUAUGGAAGGUACUUUUCCUUGUUGAUGUCUCAAGAAUGGUAGAAAUACAAGAACACACACAUUUUUGUAUUUGUAACCUUUUUGAGACCUCCAAAAAAUGCCCAGGACCACCCUUUCUAGAUAUAUAAACUCUUACAAAAACACACACACACACACACACAUUCUUGUAUUUUCGACCUUCUUUAGACCUGAGGAAAAUGCCUACCUCUUUAGAAGCACCUUAACAUUAAUAAUAUAUACAUACUAUGCAAAUACAAAAAAUAUUUUUGUGAAAAUUUAGUUGGAAUUUCACAAGAAAAAGGUCACAAUUUCACAAGUAAAACUUUGAAUUUUAGGAGUAUUAUGAUAAGUCCUAAUCUUACUUAAUGCAAGUCACAAUUUUACAAGAAAAAAUUAACAUUAUGAUGAUAAAAGUUGGAAUUUUACUCAAUGACAGUCGCAAUUUUAGAAGAAUAGCUCAAAAUUUGGGCAUUUUUAUAAAUAAGAGUUGUAAUUUUAAUGGAAAAAAGUCAUCCAUUUUAUUUGAACAUUUACAAAUAUGUGGGCAAUAUUAUAAUAAUAAUCUUAAUUUCACUUGGCAAAAUUAUGAUAAAAGUCAUAAUUUUACUGUACAAGCUAACUGUUAAUGGCCACUAUAGUCUUAGUACUGUAGUGUAUUUGUUCAUCCUAUGGUCACAUGUCUGUCGUCAGCACCGGAAAUCGUAAAUUUUAGUUGUUCACCUGGCGAGUUUUUUCGGGAAUUAAUAGGUAAAUCUUUCUUUAGCUGCUGCCUUGUUUUAUCAAAUAUCGCUGAUUUUGCACCUGUCAAUGUUUACUUUUGUAUGCACAUUAAAUCAACAACAAAUCCUGACUUUGGAGCAUUGUUCACAGACUCUAGUGUUUGACUCUCUAUUAGAUCCAAUGGUUUUCCGUAUUGGGACCAUGAUUUCGGUUUGAACUUGUUCACCUGUCCUUAUAUGGAAGGUACUUUUCCUUGUUGGUGUCUCAAUAAGGGUAGAAAUACAAUAAACACACACAAACACACACACACACACACACACACACACACACACACACACACACACAUUCUUGUGUUUCCUACAUUCUUGAGACCUUCGAAAAAUCUCUUUCAGACCCCCCUUUCUUGAUACAUAAAGAUUUGUAUUCACAACAUUAACAAUAUAUACAAACUAUGCAAAUAUAAAAAAGCUUGUGGAAAAGGAGUUGGAAUUUCAAAGGAAAAAGGUCCGAAUUUCACAAGAAAAACUUGGAACUUUUGACAGCGUUAUAUUAAAAGUCGUCAUUUUAACGCAAGUCAAAAUUUCACAAGAAAAACUGAACAUGUGUGCAACAUUAUGAUAAAAGUUUGAAUUUUACUCAAUAAGAGUUGCAAUUUUACAAAAAUAACUUUGAAUUUUGGCAAUUUUAAUGAAAAGAGUAGUAAUUUUACAUAUAGAAAGUCACGAUAUUAUGAAAAAAAAAACUUAAAAUAUUGGCAAUGUUACAAUUGUAAUCGGAAUUUUACCUGGCAAAAAAAUGUCACUAUUUUAAAAGAACAGCAAAAAUUGGCAAUAUUGUCAUAAAAGUCAGAAGUUCAUAUGACAAAUAUCAUUAUUUUGAAAAGAAAGAAUAUAAGAAAUUGUUCACAAUUUUAUAAGAAAAAAGUCGACACAUCGUGACAAAAAGACUGAUUUUAGUAAAAAAAAAUUAUUUUUUUUGGUAAUUGGUUUUUAAUCUUCCUUAUUUACUUCAAGUUAUUCCAUUAUGUAAUUUUUUUAUGUUCCCCGCCUUCCGCCCGAAUGCAGCUGAGAUAGGAUCAAGCACCCCCCGCGACCCCAAAAGGGACAAGCGGUAGAAAAUGGAUGGAUGGAUGGACGAAUUAUGGCCAAAGGGGGCGCAUUUCAAUAUCUUAUACACACUUGUUAUUUUAUAUGUUGGCCAGAGGGUAGCACUUCUAAUUUUUACACACACUUGUUAUUUCAUAUGUUGACCAGAGGGGUGACACUUUUAAAAGCAACACAGUCAAUUAUUUUUGGGACCAACCUAAUGUUGAUAGAUUUCACCACCAGGGGUGCAAAUGAGACAUUCUUUAUUAGAUGCCAUAUUUUCCUGUACUGGGACCAUGAAUUAUGUCCGAACUUGUUCACCGGUCCUCAUAUGGAAGGUACUUUUCCUUGUUGAUGUCUCAAGAAGGGUAGAAAUACAAAAACACACACACACAGAGACAGUCGGGAGUCGCCAUGUUCCAGUCCGCUCAGCUUGAGGUUCGCUCGCAUCAAAGGAUCCAUUUUGGGUCCACCGACAAAAGCAAACAGGAUCAAAGAGGAAACAUCUUCACAUGGCGAUCAGCGUCGUUUUUCUCUCCCAGACGGUAAAACUGCUGCAGAGCGCUGAAAUCUGCGAUAAGAGACGCGGCGGAAUCCACAACAGGUGUUCCUCGUGUAAGCAAAGCGGCCUUAUUUAUUUAACGCCGUCGUGUUUUUCUGUCGCUUGCAGGCCGGAUAGGAUUUGGAGAUAAUCUUGUAUCUAAGAGAUCUUUGUCAGUGUAAGAGUUCUUAAUGGGAAACUGCAUUUUUUAUUUAUUUCUUAAUUUUUUAUGCCUAUCCUUCACAAUCCGUAUAAGAGACAAGAAGGUUUUGCAAUUUAAUUUGUAAUAAUGGGUUAGUGUUGUACCGAUACCAAUAUUUUGGUACCGGUACCAGAACCAAAUAUUAUUUCGAUACUUUAUGGUACUUUUCGGUACGUUUUUAAAUAAAAGUACCAAUGAUUGUCACACACAUACUAGAUGUGGUGAAAUUAUUCUCUGCAUUUGACCCAUCACCCUUGAUCACCCCCUGGGAGGUGAGAGGAGCAGUGUGAGAGGAGCAGUGAGCAGCAGCGGCGCCGCACCCGGGAAUCAUUUAUGGUGAUUUAACCCCCAAUUCCAACCCUUAAUGCUAAGUGCCAAGCAGGGAAGUAAUGAGUCCCAUUUUAUAGUCUUUGGUAUGACUCGGCUGGGGUUUGAACUCACGACCUACCAAUCUCAGGGCGGACACUCUAACCCAAGGGUCGGGAACCUUUUUGGCUGAGAGAGUCAUGAAAGCCAAAUAUUCAAAAAUGCAUUUCCGUGAGAGCCAUAUAAUAUUUUUUCAACACUGAAUACAACUAAUUGGCUGCAUUUUAAGUAAGACCAACAUUUUUAGAGUAUAAUAAGUCUCCUAUUCUUUUUAAUAACAUUGUUAUUUUGGAGCUAACCAAUAAUAAAUAAAAUACCUCUAAGAUUAAUGCGACUUCUUGAACAGGUGCGGUAGACAACGGAUGGUUGGAUUAAAAUGCAUGAGAAUGUUUUAUAAUUUGAACAUUAUUUUUAACACAGUGAUUACCAGCGGAAUUAUUCAUUACUUAUCGUGUUAAGCAAUGUCAGCUAAGACUUAUCUGAGAGUGCAGUCAUCAAAAGAGCCACAUCUGGCUCUAGAGCCAUAGGUUCCCUACCCCUGCUCUAACCACUAGGCCAAAAUGAAGGGGACCACAAACAAAUUGCAUUAUUUGCUUUAUUUUAAGAAAUAUCUUAGGGUACAUUAAACAUAUGUUUAUUAUUGUAAUUUAGUCCUUAAAUAAAAUAGUGAACAUACAAGACAUCUUGUCUUUUAGUAGUAAGUAAACAAACAAAGGCUCCUAAUUAGUCUGCUGACGUAUGCAGUAACAUAUUGUGUCAUUUAUAUACCUAUUAUUUUGUCAACACCAUAAAGGACAAACUGUAAAAAAACUAUUAUUACUCUACUUGUUCAUUUACUGUUAAUAUCUACUUACUUUCUCUUUCAACAUGUUCUAUCUACACUUCUGUUAAAAUUUAAUAAUCACUUUUUCUUCUGUUGUUUGAUACUUUACAUUAGUUUUAGAUGAUACCACAAAUGUUGGUAUCAAUCCGAUACUAAGAAGUUACAGGAUCUUACACUGGUCAUGUUCAAAGUCCUCAUGUGUCCAGGGACCUAUUUCCUGAGUUUGUAAACAUGAUAUACAUUUUUUUUAAAUGAAAGAAAAUGUGAUGCCAAAAAAUAUUGACAUAAUCAUAGUAGUAUCGACUAGAUACGCUACUGUACUUGGUAUCAUUACAGAGGAUGUCAGGUGUAGAUCCACCCAUGGCAUUUGUUUACAUUGUGACGCCGGUGAGCUAUUGUAUCCUCCUACGGUGUGUAGUGAAGCAUGUUUAACUAUUCCUCUUCCUGCAGUGAUAAUGGUACUUGUAAGAAACAUACUUUAUUUGUCGCCAUGGAGGCCAGGAUUAAUGAUUUAGAAGUAGCUAAAACACUGGGGCUGGACUUUAACUGCUAGCAAGCUAGCCAUUUCUCUCAGUUUUAUAACUUCACCUUUAUCUUUACUUUUUAAGCCAAAAUGCGUCUAUUCCCCCUUUUCUGUCGCCACACUGUGUCUGCUUGCAAGUACUCUGUGUGUGUGUGUGUGUGUGUGUGUGUGUGUGUGUGUGUGUGUGUGUGUGUGUGUGUGUGUG